ACUGGGCAGUGCAAUGGCGGGGCGGGCGUGCUGGCGGUCGCUGGCCGUGGUUGUGGCGGUGGUCGGCGCGGCGGCGGCGACGGCCGUGGCGGAGCCGCAGGUGCCGUGCUACUUCGUGUUCGGGGACUCGCUGGUGGACAACGGCAACAACAACGGAAUCGUCUCGCUGGCGCGCGCCAACUACCCGCCCUACGGCGUCGACUUCGCCGGCGGGCCCACCGGCCGCUUCUCCAACGGGCUCACCACCGUCGACGUCAUCUCCCAGCUUCUGGGCUUCGACGACUUCAUCCCCCCCUUCGCCGGCGCGACCAGCGACCAGCUCCUCACCGGCGUCAACUUCGCCUCCGCCGCCGCCGGCAUCCGGGAAGAGACCGGGCAGCAGCUGGGUGGACGGAUCAGCUUCAGCGGGCAGGUGCAGAACUACCAGAGCGCGGUGGAGCAGCUGGUGAGCAUCAUGGGCGACGAGGGCGCGGCGGCGAACCGCCUGAGCCAGUGCAUCUUCACCGUCGGCAUGGGCAGCAACGACUACCUCAACAACUACUUCAUGCCGGCCUUCUACGACACCGGCAGCCGCUACACGCCGACGCAGUACGCCGACGACCUGGCGGCGCGCUACACGCAGCUCCUGCGCGCGCUCUACAGCUACGGGGCGCGCAAGGUGGCGCUCAUCGGCGUGGGGCAGGUCGGGUGCAGCCCCAACGAGCUGGCCACGCAGAGCGCCAACGGCGUGGCCUGCGUCGACCGGAUCAACGUCGCCGUCAGGAUGUUCAACCAGCGGCUCGUCGGCAUGGUCGACCAGUUCAACCGCCUCCUCCCCGGCGCGCACUUCACCUACAUCAACAUCGACGGCAUCUUCUCCGACAUCCUCCGUGCGCCGGGCGGCCACGGCCUGAGGGUCACCAACCGGGGCUGCUGCGGCGUGGGGCGGAACAACGGGCAGGUCACCUGCCUGCCGUUCCAGACGCCCUGCCCCAACCGCAACGAGUACCUCUUCUGGGACGCCUUCCACCCCACCGAGGCCGCCAACGUGCUCGUCGGCCAGAGGGCCUACGCCGCCCGGCUCGCCUCCGACGUGCACCCCGUCGACAUCAGCACCCUCGCGCACCUCUAGCCAGUGGUGUGGGCAUGAUAUACAUUUAUAUGUCAGUGAAAUAUAUGCAGGAUUCUGUACAACACAUACAAGAUGAUACGUUUGCGUCUGGAUUUUGCAACCGUAUGCUCUCACUCAGCUCACAGUGUUUUAGAUGGGCAACCAUGUAAUAUGAUUCAGCAGCAUCGAAUUUAAUUUGAA